CAAACCAAUCUCUCCAUACCCCCUUCAGAAGAGAGAGAGAGAGAGAGAGAGAGAGAGAGAGAGAGAGAGAGAGAGAGAGAGAGAGAGAGAGAGAGAGAGCUAGCUUUUAAUCACAUAAGAUGGCUAGAAAUCCCCUCUUUCAAUGUGAUCAAGCAACAGAUGAUGAGUACAUAGACAUGGACAUCAGCUCCACCACCACCUUCCUAUGCUACUCCAUCUCCCCUCCACAUUCCAGCAGAGAAUUUGAAUUCCAAAUGUCCUCCAACCCACUUGAAAUAGACUCCACCACCUCCCCAGCUGAUGAGCUCUUCUACAAAGGCAAGCUCCUCCCUCUCCACCUCCCUCCACGUUUACAAAUGGUCCAGAUGCUCCUACAAACCUCAAACACCUCCCAUGAACAAAUCACACCCUCUUUUGAAGAAAUUCACACCACCCCAACUGCUUUUACAACCCCAUUUGAAUCAUGCAACAUAUCGCCGGCCGAUUCAUGCAACGUGAGUAGAGAGCUCUCCCCAGAAGAGUAUUUCUACGAAUGCGCCGCCUCCGCGGAUAAUACCAGCUUCAUGGACGGUCACGCCAAGAAGUCAUGGUCCAAGAAACUCAAACUGAUCAAGCAAUCCUCAUUGAGUCUGAAACUCAAGGCAUCAAGGGCCUACUUCAGAUCUCUUUUCAGUAAGUCCGGGUGCUCAGAUGAAUCGUGUGCUGAUGCAGCGAGAAACAGCAAUGAAUAUACAGUUUCCAAGGCCAAGGAGUGUUUGAAUAAGUACGUGAAGGUGGUGAAAAGGAGCCCAUUUGGGCAAAUUCAAAGAGAGAGAUAUCAAGCGUCGGCGACUGCCAUGACCAAUGAGAAAGAGAAGAUGAGCAGCGGCGAAGAUGCUGGGACCCACAGAAGGUCAUUCUCAGGUGUGAUCAAACAGAACUCAGGGACUAAAUCUACAUCGUCGUCUUCAUCGAGCUCCUCUUCUUCUUCUUCUUCUUCUUCUUCUUCUUCUUCUUCUUCUUGCUCAGUUUCAAGUGAGAAUUCAAAAGGGUCUUAUGGAAUGCAGUUGCUGAAAAGGAGUAGUAGUGUGAAUUCAGAAGUAGAAAGCUCAAUCCAAGGGGCUAUUGCUCAUUGUAAGCAAUCACAGCAGCUGUUUUGUACAAGGAAGAGUGUAAGUGAUGUUGGGUUUGGUUCAUUAUCUGCUUCUAGGAGUUUUGAGAAUCAGGAAUGGCCAGGAAUGUGCAGAGGAUGAAUAUGGAAAAAGACGCAUUUCAGUAUUUUGAUUGGAA